GUCUGACCUCAGAUUCAGGCUAUUUUUUCUGAGCGAGACAGCGACUGGCGGCGCCAUAUUGAAAGAAGAAAUCCGUGCCGUAAAACUCUUAAUACACAAAAUUUGGCACAAUGUUGUACCUAGAGGAUUAUCUUGAGAUGAUCGAGCAGCUUCCCAUGGAUCUCCGCGACAGGUUUACGGAAAUGAGGGAGAUGGACCUGCAGGUUCAAAACGCUACUGAUCAACUGGAACAGAAGGUUGUUGAUUUCUUUGCCAACGCUAAAAAGAACAAGCCAGAGUGGCGAGAAGAACACAUGGAAUUGAUCAAGAAGGAUUAUUACAAAGCUCUGGAGGAUGCUGAUGAGAAAGUCCAGCUGGCCAAUCAGAUCUACGAUCUUGUGGAUCGUCAUCUGCGCAAACUGGAUCAGGAACUGGCCAAAUUCAAAAUGGAGUUGGAGGCUGACAACGCUGGAAUCACAGAGAUUCUGGAGAGACGUUCUCUGGAGAUGGACAGUCCCUCUCAACCAGUCAACAACCAUCACGUCCACUCACACACAACAACUGAGAAGAGAAAAUACAGCGCACCCACUCAUCACUCCACCGAUCACAUCCCAGAGAAAAAGUUCAAGUCAGAAGCCCUGUUGUCCACACUCACCUCAGACGCCUCCAAAGAAAACACGCCAGGCUGCCGCACCAACAACUCUCAGUCGUCCACCAACAGUGUCUACAGCGUCAACUCAUCUCAGCCUCUGGCCUCUUACAACCUGAGCUCUCUACCCGCCGGGCCAGCUGCUGGAGCUGGGGCCAUCACCAUGGCAGCGGCUCAGGCAGUACAAGCCACAGCACAGAUGAAGGAAGGCCGCCGGUCGUCCAGUCUGAAAGCCAGCUACGAAGCCAUCAAGAACAAUGACUUCCAGCUUAGCAGAGAGUUCUCUUUGUCCCGGGAAAACUCUGGUUAUUCCUCGUCCGCUCUGGCAUCCACCCUCACCCAGAAUCUUGCUCCGACCUCCUCCGACUCUCGAGGGCGCAAGUCGAAAAGCAACAUCAAGUCUUCCAACCACCAGUCGUCCUCGUCGUCGUCUUCCUCUUCGCUGUCAUCCUGUUCCUCAUCAUCGGCGCUGGCGCAGGAACUGUCCCAACAGGUGUCGGUGCUGCCUGAGGCUGAGGCCAAUAGCCAGGUAGACUGGACCUACGAUCCCAACGAGCCUAGAUACUGCAUCUGCAACCAGGUGUCUUACGGAGAGAUGGUUGGCUGUGACAACACAGACUGUCCCAUCGAGUGGUUCCACUACGGUUGUGUGGGUCUGACAGAGGCACCUAAAGGGAAGUGGUACUGUCCCCAGUGCACGGCUGCCAUGAAGAGGAGAGGAAGCCGACACAAAUAGACGCCACAUCUGAGGGUCGAAAAAACUGCCACGCCGUGAGCCCCAGGAAAUUGUGCUCUCCAGGUGUGGAGCGCUCCUGUUUGUUUACAUUGAGUCGCAGUGGACGCUGCUAACGGAUGGACCAACCACAUCAGAGGUCAUGGGUGUCAGACUCGCUGAGUCUAGAGAAAGUAUCUGUGGAAAUGUGACUUUUAACGGUGAAAUUGUCUUAAAUGUGUUUCCUCGAAUGAUCUGAACAUUAGUAUUUUUUUUUUACAUCACUAAAAAGAAGUGUUAACCUGAGAUUUAAUUUUGAAUCUCUGGAGUCAGUGUGUGUGAGCGUAUGUGUGAUCAGACUGUCUGUGCUGACUGUUUUCAAGAUGUUUAAAAAAGGAAGCCCAAUUAAAGAUCCAGAUGUUUUAGUAACCGCUGUUCUGUUUUUUUAAGCUGUUGAUUGA